AUACCUCUUCCUUAAUCUCCUUUGUGGACAAGGAAGUAAAAUAAGGAUGUGUGAGGACAGCAUGACAGACGGACGGCUACACAAGCAUUACAAUAUAUACACAUGCUUGGGUUCUCUCACUUGCUCACACUCCUAAGUGACUUGCUGAGCUGUUUGCUUCCCAUGUGCCACAGCCAUGCCAUCUUUUCCCAUUCUCAACAGUUUGGGAAAGCUCUGUGGAUCAGGGAAAAGCAAGGAAUUGGUGUCUGAGCGGAUCAAGUACAAAAACUCUGUCAAAAGGAUGUCCAUCAUAGAAGAUGGUGAUAUUGCCGAGGUCUUAUACCUUGUCCCUAAGCAGUCUGUGAUGAAGCAACUGCCAUAUCUUAAUCCAGAUGACUACUAUUUGUGCGAAUGGAUAUGCAAUGGUCCAGAAGAUUUUGUGGCCCACCCUCAGGAGCCUCCUCACUCCACAGAGAAGCCAGUCAUCCACUGCCAUAAAUGUGGUGAGCCAUGCAAAGGUGAAGUGCUUCGCGUCCAAGCCAGGCAUUUUCACAUCAAAUGUUUCACCUGCAAAGUCUGCGGUUGUGACUUGGCUCAAGGAGGCUUUUUCAUUAAGAAUGGGGAAUACCUCUGUACUGUGGAUUAUCAGCGGAUGUAUGGGACCCGAUGCAACGGCUGUGGCGAGUUUGUGGAAGGAGAAGUCGUAACCGCUCUUGGGAAAACAUACCAUCCUAACUGCUUUGCCUGCACUGUGUGCAAACGUCCUUUCCCACCAGGAGACCGGGUUACCUUUAAUGGAAGAGACUGUCUCUGUCAAAUGUGUGCUCAGCCAAUGUCAUCCAGCCCAAAAGAACUCUCCAGUUCCAGCAAUUGUGCAGGCUGUGGAAGAGAUAUCAAGAACGGACAAGCAUUACUUGCCUUGGAUAAGCAGUGGCAUCUGGGAUGCUUCAAAUGCAAAGCCUGUGCAAAGGUCCUGACGGGAGAGUACAUUAGCAAAGAUGGUGCGCCUUACUGUGAAAAGGACUACCAAGUUCUCUUUGGGGUCAAAUGUGAAGCAUGCCAUCAGUUCAUCACAGGGAAAGUCUUAGAGGCAGGUGAUAAACAUUACCAUCCAAGCUGUGCACGAUGCAGCAGGUGCAACCAAAUGUUCACAGAAGGAGAAGAAAUGUACCUGCAAGGUUCCACAGUUUGGCAUCCCGACUGUAAGCAGUCCACAAAGGGAGAGGAAAAGCUACGGCAUUCCUCAUCUGAUUUCUUUUAUCCAAAGAGUUUGGUUCUUCGCAGGCCACGCUCUUCAGAGCCCACAAGAACAUCCUCAGAAAGUAUUUAUUCUAGGCCUGGAUCCAGUAUACCUGGCUCACCAGGGCAUUCAAUCUAUGCAAAAGUAGACAAUGAAAUCCUUGAUUAUAAGGAUUUAGCAGCCAUUCCCAAAGUCAAGGCCAUUUAUGACAUUGAGCGUCCAGACCUAAUUACUUAUGAGCCCUUCUACACUUCCGCCUAUGAGGAGAGACAAGAGAGGCAGAGUCUUGGAGAGUCUCCAAGGACACUAUCACCAACCCCAUCAGCAGAAGGUUAUCAAGAUCUUCGGGAUCGGAUGAUACAGCGAUCCACAAGUCAAGGUUCCAUUGGCUCUCCUGUAUACAGUCGUCACAGCUAUACUCCCACAAUGUCACGUUCACCACAGCAUUUUCACAGACCUGGCAAUGAGCCGUCCAGCGGUCGGAACUCCCCUGCCCCUUACCGGCCCGACAGCCGCCCUCUAACACCAACUUACGCUCAGACCCCUAAACAUUUCCAUGUUCCAGAUCAAGGCACGAAUAUUUAUAGAAAACCACCUAUCUACAAACAGCAUGAUGCAGCUGCUCUGGCAGCCCUGAACAAGCCUUCUGAUGAGAUCAUCAAGUCCUCCAAGUUCCCAGCAGCCCAUGCACCAGCACCCAACGAAAUCCCAAAGAUUGAAACAGAGUACUGGCCAGGUCCUCCCUCACUUGCGGCUGUAGGUUCUGACAUGCGACGCAGAUCUACUGGUAGAGAUGAAGACCUUGAGGAACUCCAGAGGCGUCGGCAGCUACAAGAGGAACAGCUGAUGAAGCUCAACUCAGGUCUGGGGCAGUUGAUAUUAAAAGAAGAGAUGGAAAAAGAAAGGUCAUCACUAUCUGGUAGCCGUUAUGAAUCUUCAGUUAAUUCAUCUCCCCGUGCUGCUGCCUCUAAAACCUCUUCCCUUCCUGGCUAUGGAAGAAAUGGACUUCAUAGGCCAGUGUCUACAGACUUUGGUCAAUACAACAGUUAUGGAGAUGUGAGCAGUGCUGCUCGUGAUUUCCAGUCCCUCCCAGAUGGUCAUGUCCCUGGAAUGCGAAUGGACCGAGGAGUGUCUAUGCCUAACAUGUUGGAACCAAAGAUAUUCCCAUAUGAAAUGCUGAUGGUCACCAACAGAGGGCGAAUUAAAAUUUUAAGAGAAGUGGACAGAACCAGGCUGGAGCGUCACCUAGCACCUGAAGUUUUUCAAGAAAUAUUCGGCAUGACGAUACAGGAGUUUGACAAGUUGCCUCUCUGGAGACGCCAUGACAUGAAGAAGAAAGCCAAACUCUUCUGAAUCUGUCUGACCCUUUGAAGGAGAAAAUAUCAAAUAUAGGAUAAUGUAUUAUACUUCAGUCCAGAUAAUUUUUGCAGAGCAAAAGCUUAAGGAGGGGGGAAAAGGGAAAGGGAAAAUCUGAGAAAGGCGCCUAUUAAUGCCUUGCAAACAGGGCAAAUGGCCUGUUGAGCUGGUCAGAGAGCUACGGCACAAACAUGUCCCUAUUCAAAACCUCAGCAGUGGAUUUUGUUUUUCAUUACAAAGUUUUAACACGACAUGUAUACAUAAUGUGAAGCUGCUCUGCCUUCCCCAUGUUCCCUCCACUUGUAUGGUCAAGGGACACUGUAUUGAUAGAGCCAGGAAGUGCCCACGGGACUCCAACCCACAGUUAUGUAGUUAUGUCUUCUCUGAAGAAUGAAUGAAUAUAUUCUGUAGUCAAGGAAAGACUUUUGUGUAAUAUAUCUACCCUUUGGGCACAACCAUUACAAUUAUUUGGCAUUGUUUCUAGGCAGCCUAUUCUUUUUGCUGUACCCAUCAACAAAGCAGGCUUCUGAGCUGGUGCUGCUUUGCUCUGCUAUAUACCAGGCAACGUUCAGAAAGCAAACUCCUAGUUUCCACUUGCACAUAUCUGCCAGUGAAUUGCUGUGCUUAGUCUCCCCUCUUCCACUUUGACCCCUGCUUUGUUUAAUAUAGCUCUUGCUUCAAACCAAUUCAUUGAAACUUAACAAGAUCAGCAAGCAAAGUGGGGGAAAGAGAGAAUUACAUUUCCAAUAACGAAAUGACAAUAGUGUUUCAACAGUAUUUUGCUGCAAAUUUUGAUUUAAUUCAGAGGCUGCCUUUGCUGUGGGAGAGUCACCAAGGCAUGAUAUUUGCUAUAGUAAUGAUCUUGGCCAAACACUACACUAGUAAUAUUUGCAAAGAAAAAAUAUGUCAUUGCUUGUUAUAUUGUCAUGCAAAAAGGGCUGUAUUUUGCAAACAGAGAUAGUAUGAGAUGGGCCCAGAUUUUGCCAAAGCAAAUCCCUUCUCACUUGGCAAAAAGCACUUGAAUCAGAGCAGAGUGUGUUGAAACAGACAGAUACUAUUGGCAUCAUUUGCUGGCUCACUCUACUGGUGAACUCUGAAACUUGGAUGACAAGGAAAUGACGUUUUAACUGUUUUUUAGAGAUGAUACAAAGCUCCCCCAGACAGGCUCUGCUGCUAAAAAAAAAGUGUCAGCUCCAACCACUGUUGUGUGUAUGCACUGGUGACACUGCACAAUAUAUCAAGUUAAGAAAAAUUGUUUUGUUUUUAUUGAUGGAAAAAUGCACUCGCUCUUUGCACAAAGAGGCUUACAUUUGACUUUCUUCUACUAUUACAAAGCUGCAACCUAGGUUGUUUUCUUCAUUUACCCUCAGUGCCUGGAAGAAGGAGCACCCAGGGCAGUUACUGAAACUCAUUGUGCUACACAUAGUUUUUCCCCAGAGUGUCUUUUGUGAAGAGGUGGCCUCCCUGUAGCUCAACUGCCUGAAGGACAUGUUCUGCUCAUAUAAAACCUGUUUCAACAGAAUGUGAAGUUGCUUCUUGCCAAUGGUAGCACACAUAGAUGUUGAUCUUUGACUCAGAGUUACGAUUUCCACCAUUUAAAGUUUUACCCUUUAAAAAAUUGAGUAUGCAGAUUUCAUGGUAACACUUCGCCUAGUGCAAUUCUGUGUACCAUGUUGAUUUGAAUACAGUGCAACUUAUUCCAAUAAGGCUUGCUCCUAGUGGGGGUGCAUCUAAAUAGUAUCCUAGUGAGCAGAAGGCUUAUAAGAAGGCUUGACUAGCUGUUCCAGAGAUAACCACAGGAGAAUAAACUAGGCAUUUGUUGGUGGUAAGUGGUCAUGCAAGCACUUGGAAAGCGGAAUCCAUUACAAGUGAUCAAAUUGUACUUCAGUGACCUCUACUAUUCUUGUCUGUAUAUGUUUGUCAUCCUAACAGACAAAGUGGUUCUUUUAUAUAUCUAUAUCUGGUGUGUGGGCAAAGUAAUAAAAUGCAUGGGAAAAUAUUUGUAUAGGAGCCUUCUGCAACUUGGUGUCCACCUGAUGAAUUAUAAUUCCAAUGGAUUCCCGGCUAGUGUAGUCAUUGGUUGUGACACCAUGUCUAUACUAUCUUGGCAAGGGACAAUGCAGUUUUUCACAUUUGCAUACUGCAACCAUGGGAAAGAGAGGAGAGAUAGAAAAUUCUCCCAACCACUUGACAGAAUAAUACUAUUAACCAGCUUUCUCAGUGGUUACAUGGCCAGUUGCUACCUGGCCAGUUGCUACCUGUUAUUCAAGGAGGUGCCUCUUUAACAGAAGAGUUGCCCCUUCAAAUAUUGCCAUGUGCCCCAAAUUACGUUGUCACUUAAGACAAAUUGCAACAGAAUUAAGAGGUUUAGAGAAACUUCCAAACUGGAAUACAUAGCUUUGUUUUAUUUCUAAUGAUACACUAUAUGUCAUCAUACUGGGCUGACCUGUGUUUUCAUAUCAGCUCCCAUUUAUGUUCAAAAGGUCAUUCCGGAUGGAUGGUUUAUCAUGGGCCACACUCUUCUUUGGAGACAUUGGACUGGAAACCAACUAAUCACAAAGGAAUAGAUGACUUCUUUCCUCUUAUGCUUGCUGUUUGCACUACCACCCCAUCCACUGCCUCUAUGUGGUUUGACAUCCUUUCUGCUUUUCCUUUCCUGAGUGUUACUUCUCUUGUGCUAUGCGCUGUAGCAGAUAUUUGAGUUGGGCCCAUAGAAAGUGUGAGAAUAGCAUGACCACCUACUUUGGUCAUCAGCUGAGCAGUAGAGGUGCUAAACCGCAAGUAAAUGGCUUUUUGCAUGGUUGCUGCUUGAAAACAUCCUAUGUGGUGCUGUAACCAUAUAAGGAGCUAUUAUUUGUAGGCUCCAACCACAUGGAAUGCGAAGUCCUAUCACAGCCUUUCAUUCUUUCAUAUCAUUAUUGGGUCGCUCCUCUGUUUUUUCCUCCAAUUUGACUUUACCACAAUUUCCACAUUGGUUAAUUCAGAAUUUAGUCAACUUUUUAACUUAGAAAAGUAGGGUGGUUCUUGUGCUACUCAAAGUACUGGUCUCUGGAUUGGUGUUGAACCAUUGGCUGCUGGUCCCUGACAAGUUUCCAAUGUGUAAAAAAUUAAUGCCAGUCCUUGGUCUAUUGGAAACAAUGAUUUAUAGUCCCCCACACCAAGUAACUUAAGAAACAUAAUAGUAAGGCAUGGAGAAUUUGGAGGUUUCACCAUUAAUAGAAAUGGCUAGUUAAGUGGUCCUUUGUGUCUUUCAUAAACUUUUCUAGGAGAGGAGGAACUCUUACAUAAACCAGAAGGCAUUAUCAAAGACAGAUAAAUCUUAGUAUUAUUAAAGUUUUUAAUAGAUCCCAGAGUGGUAUAGGAAGCAGUGUGGUGUCGUAGUUUGAGUAUUGGACUAGGAAUGUGGGAGAUCAGAGCUUGAAUCAGCCAUGGAAACCCAUUGGAUUAUCACGGGCAAAUUACCUUCUUAUCCCAACUAAACAAACCUUGCCAAAAUAGGCUCCUAUUGAGUCAGAAUUGACUUGAAGGCACACAACAGCAAGUUGCCAGUUCCUAAGGUAUAAUUCUCGCAACUAAUACUGUUCGCCGGUAAAAGCCUUCAAUCUCUGAUGUUGCCACUUAGAUGGUGCUUCUUGACUACUACUAAUGAUCCACUCAUGACCAUUUCAAACAACAUGUGAAAUUGUAAGCAACUUUCCACUCUUUGGAAAGGAAAGCAUUGUUUGUGUGUGUGUGUGUGUGUGUGUACAUACUUCAUUUUUUAAAAUGUAUGAGUUAAAAGGCAUUAUAGGGUGAAAUGAAACAUGUAUUUUAGACAAACACAAACCACCUCUGAUAAUUCCUUGCCUAAAGAAACCCUAUGAAAUUCAUAGGAUCACCAUAAGUUGAUUGGCAACUUGAAGGCACAUGCACAUUUUGGGGUUUUUUUAACGUACACUGAUACAUUUUUUCUGAUGAAAAAAUUAAUAGUACAGGUGUGCAAUCGUAGACAAAUUCCUUCCACUCUCUAUCAGUCAUUUUACAUGUCAAAACGACAGGGUCUUUUUUUUUUUAAAGGAAGUGAAGCACUACUGUGAUGUGUAGCCAUGGAGACUGUAAAAUGAUGUGAUGGUUGGAUUAUGUAGAUGCCCCAUAAAAAGUAUGUGAGAAAACCAGGUCUAUUUCAAAGUGAACAGUUAUGGAAGUACCCCAGAAUGAAGACUAUCACUAUUACCAAUCUUAUAGCAUGCCUUUAAAAUUUAUCUAUGUAUAACUUCUUGACUCUGUUGUGGUGGAAUCAAUACUCAAGUGACCAUCUAUUUGAAAUAUUUUAAUCACCUCCAGUGAGGUAGGUGCUUAAUUCCUAAUGGUGCUUAACAAUGGGGUUGUUUUCUCUAACCACUUUAACAUCUCUACUGCUUGAUCCAAAUGGCAGCCUAGAAUAACAGGAAUUUCUCACUCAACUUUUUUCAUGUUCAAAAUAUGCCAUUUUCUCUACCAAAAAAUUAACUGGUGUUGCUUUGUUAGAAUUGAGGUUAUAUAAAGAGAGAAACCUACAACAGCUGUAUUUCUGAGGAAACAUAGGUGUUGAAAGUACAGAAUCUCUGCCUGGGACAAUGGUGACAACUCUAUAAAGACCUGCCUUCAGAAGAUGGCCAAACAAGUCUAGUUUAAACCCCUGUCAAAAUAUGGAAAAUACUUUGAUUAUUUUCAAGUAGUUUUCACUGUGCUUUUUUUAAAUGGGAAGGAACCAAAAGGCUUAUUAUUUCCUUCCUAAAAUGUUCAUCCAUGUGUGAAAAUGAUAACACUGCAUGAGUUUGUUCAUUAUUUUCCAGUGGCUUCCAUCAAAAUAUUAACAUCAACAGAAAUUUUGGUGAUUAAAAGCCAUGGGGUACAGCAAUGACAAGUUUUUGUUGCUCUUAAUGGCAAUUUUACAUUUAAGUCUCUCUUUGUGAGUAAUCUAUACAUGAAUUUGGACAAUCAGUUUUCAAGACUAAUCAACACUUGGUGUAUAAAAGGGAAACAAUCAAAUUCUGGUGACAGUUCCAUAAAGCUUAUUGGAACAUUUUGUCCAUUUUUCUAAUUAGAAAGACCUUCUAAUAAGAAAGAUCAGAAAAGCCUUUAUCAUAGAGCUGGGAAACUGUGGCCCUCAGAUUAUUUUUUGUGUUGCACUUCUCAUUAACUCUAGCAUAGGUGAGGGAUAAUGGGAACUGCAAAGCAAAAGCAACUAGAGGGCCAGAGUUCUCCACUUUGCUUUCUCAAGUACUGUUUAUGCUACUUUGUAUUGUUAAUGACCCCAUUUAAUGCAAAGUAGUCCAGAUUGAUGACAACCCUUGUAGUGAGGGAGCCUUACUGCUGUUUGGUAGAAAGAUCACUUUGAAUAAGUUAUGUUCUACUUCACUUUUAUUAGGUUUUUAAAUACAAGAUGUUUACAUGUUCCCUACCCAACCCUUUCCCAGAAACAAGAAAAAGUAGCCUUUUUCAGAUUAUUUCCCUUUUGUUCGUUUCCCCUCUCCCUUUUAUUGUGGGACAGCUCUGAUUUGGAGCCUCUGGUUUUUGUCUUUUUAAAGAUCACAAAUGCCUGUCUAUACAGUUAAGUAUGCUUUUCUGCAAAACCAAACACAUUGGCCAUCACUGCUGUUCAUCUUUCCUUCCAUGAUGCAAACGUCACCCAACCACCCUAAUGCCACUAUAAUCUACAUCACUGUUGUAUUCAAACCAAGUAAAUGAAUAAAGUUUUGAACUUUA